CAGUGGGCGGUGAAACUGCUCCGGUGAUCUCCCUGCCUGGGUUGGGGGCUACCAGCGCGGCAGGGAAGCGGGCUGAGAGCGGAAGUGGAAAGCGCAGGUAGGGGGCGGGAGGCAGGGCGAAGGCCGGGAACGCAGGCAGGGAACGGCUGGGGUCAGGGCCCGGGUCCAGGGAGGAGGCACUGGGCUAAGGAAGGGGGUUCCGGGCCAGAGAUGCGUAGCCCGGCAGGCCUCGGUGCACCGUUGCAGAACGACGACGGCGGCAUGUGCGAGGGUCCGUCCCGCAUCUCGGGGCCCAUCCCCCCAGACCCUACGCUCUGUCCUGACUACUACCGGCGGCCGGCCUCGGCCCAAGGGCGCCUUGAGGGAAACGCGCUGAAGUUGCACCUGCUGACCCCGGAACCCGACCUAGACGCCACCCCUCCCCGCGGCCCCCGCAUCCGUCCCGGAGCCCGAGAAAUCCUGGAGCGUGGCCGGCGCGGCGUGGGUGACGUGCUGCUGCAGCUCAGGGGUAUCUCCCUAGGCCCAGGGGCCUCUCCCAAGAGGAAGGACCCUAAAGACCAUGAGAAGGAGAACCUGAGGCGGAUCAGGGAGAUCCAGAGGCGCUUCCGGGAGCAGGAGCACAGCCGGGAACAGGGCCAACCCAGGCCCCUGAAGGCUCUGUGGCGCUCACCCAAGUAUGACAAAGUGGAGUCCCGUGUCAAGGCCCAGCUGCAGGAGCCCGGGCCUGCCUCUGGGACAGAACCUGCCCACUUCCUGCGGGCACAUUCCCGUUGUGGCCCUGGGCUCCCACCGCCCCGUGUCCCCAGUCCCCGGCUAACCCCACCAGGUCCCAAUGCUAAGGUCCUGCAGGGCCCAGGCCCGAGUGUGGACUUCAUUACCCACAAUGCUCGCACUGCCAAGAGGGCCCCCCGGCGGCAUUCUCGCUCGCUGCAAGUCCUGGCACAGGUGUUGGAGCAGCAGCGGCAAGCCCAGGAGAACUACAAUGCCACACAGAAGGGUCACGUGCCCCAUUACUUAUUGGAGCGCAGGGAUCUGUGGCGACGGGAGGCUGAGGCCCGUCAGCACAGCCAGCCGGACCCGGCCAUGCCCCCUGGCCACACUCGCAUGCCUGAGAACCAGCGGCUGGAGACACUGAGCAACCUCCUCCAGAGUCAGAGCCAGCUGCUGCGUGAGCUGGUGCUGCUGCCUGCUGGGGCAGAUUCACUGAGGGCCCAGAGCCAUCGUGCUGAGCUGGACCGGAAGCUGGUGCAGGUAGAGGAGGCCAUCAAGAUCUUUUCCCGCCCCAAGGUCUUUGUGAAGAUGGAUGCCUGAGCCCUUUUAUGGGGAUAGUGACGGGGGUCUCACUGACAAUUGCUACAUGGUUGCACAGGGCAGCAUUGGGCCCCACGAGUGGCGUUUGCAGACAGGAGCAGUGGGGCGGGCAGUAUCCCCAGAGCGCUCUUCCCUGCCACUAGUGGCUGUGGAAGGGCCAUCCCAGCCUCUUUGUCAAAAUUAAACCUUUUGUACACAGUGGGAUUUGUUUCCUUAAUAGCUUCUCUUACCCUAGAAAUAACAAGCCUGGUGUCCCUCCUGCUUGACUACAGGAGGGUUUCAGUGCUGCCGUUAUCACUGCUUCACUCCUGCCUCAUGUCCGGGGCAGAAGGCAAGAUUGUGGGAUCAGGGAGAUGGCUAGGGCUGGGAAACAGAAGAACCAUAACUGCGUUUGUAGAAAACCUU